AUGCAUAUAGGUGUCGUCGGCGGAGGAAUCUCCGGGCUUUACUCGGCUCUGAUGCUUCUUAGAAAAGGGCUUUCAGUGACCCUGCUGGAAGCAACCGAGCGCCUAGGUGGCCGCAUCUAUACGUUUCAUUUUCCACCCUGUGGGCUUAAUAAGGAUCCAUACUUUGAGGCUGGGGCUAUGCGGAUUCCAUGUACUUCGAUGCACAAUUCUGUUUUCGACCUUGUGAGAUAUUUGAAUGACCAUAACCCCAGUGAAAUGAAGAUUCGGUGGAUUCCUUAUAUCAUGGCACAUGAGAACAAUGUAGCAUUUGUUCGUGGAAAGAAGAGACAAACCAACGACAUGAAUCUAGCUGCAGAACUCGGCCUGCCAGAAGAAUACUGUCACCAGAGCGCGCACGAUCUUCUACGGGGCGUGGUUGGAGAGUGGAUCUCCCUUUUAACGAGCGACUUUGACUAUGGGUUUGCGAAGGUGUUGCAAUACGACGAAUGGUCCUUUCGCCAGUAUUUGCGACAAAUUCACCAGUGGCCACACGCAGUGAUCGACUUUGUGGAGAUGAUGACGAGCCAGACAUGUCAGUACGACCUGAGCUUCACGGAAGUCAUUCUCCAAUAUAUGGACUUUGGCACAAAAGAAUGGGUUACAAUUGAAGGUGGCAUGUCACGGCUGAUUAAUGCUAUCGCUAACCUUGUUGGAGUGCAAAACAUCCAUAUGAAUGCGCCAGUUAAAGGGAUUCACAAUGACCCAAACGGCAAAGUAAGCCUUUCUAUCGGUGGGUUCUCACCUAGAACCAUGUCGUUUGACAAGGUGAUUAUGGCAAUACCUCUGUGCUCGCUCAACAUCCUGCUGGAGCGACCCCGCUGGAGUUUCGCCAAGGAGCAGGCAAUCCGUGCGACCUACUACGAACCACUUUAUAAGAUGGGCCUUCACUUUCGAACUCGCUUCUGGGAAAAGUCUUCCAGGCCCUGUUUUGGGGGCCAGAGUACGACUGACCUUCGUAUACGAUGGGUGGUCUAUCCAUCCAACGACGUGGGAUCCAAUGUGUCUGGCGUUUUGCUCGUAUACUCAUGGAUGACAGACGCCACACGAUGGAGCACUCUCCCAUUCGAGAAACGCGUUGAAUUGGCACUGCACGACCUAGCCACGUUCUUUGGCAAGCUGAAUGGAGGCUUAGAUGUUUUUGAGGAAUUCAUCGAAGCACAUGAUAUUUAUUGGGGCUCCCAUCCGUCAACGGGUGGCUGCAUGUACCUUCCCGGCCAGUUCACGAGGUUCUCGGAGGAAUCAUCCCGGCCCGAGGGUAAUAUUUCUUUUGCUGGGGAGCACCUGAGUCGUCAUCAUGCAUGGAUUGUUGGUGCGGUUGAUUCAGCGGGCACAACCGUGAAAGAAUUACUCAAGGGUAAUUUUUGCGAAGCAAAGCUUUAA